GCGCUCACAGUGGGACAAAGUUUGGUCUAGUUGCUUUGCAGGUGUCUGAGGAGAACACGCCAAGGCUGCAAAGAUGGUCGAGCAGUUUGUUGGGACUUGGAAGAUGAUUGCCAGCGAGAACUUUGACGACUACAUGAAGGCAAUCGGUGUGGGAUUCGCAACUCGGCAGGUGGGCAAUCGGACCAAGCCUAAUUUGGUAGUAUCUGUGGACGACCAAGGAGUUGUGUGCAUGAAGUCCCAAAGCACGUUUAAAACUACUGAAGUCAAGUUCAAACUCAACGAAGAAUUUGAUGAAACCACUGCAGACGACAGGAAAACAAAGACUGUGAUGACACUGGAAAAUGGUAAGCUUAUCCAGAAACAGACCUGGGAUGGCAAAGAGACCAGUAUAGAGCGGGAGAUCACAGAUGGGAAAUUGAUAGCAAAAUGCAUUAUAGGAGACGUGGUGGCAGUGAGGACGUAUGUGAAGGACGCAUAAGACCCUUGGACACUCAUCCACUGAUGGAUGACGACAAGCUCAGUUCAAUGAGCCUAAAUUUACUUCAAAUUCUGCAGUUUCAUCCAUGUCCUUACUUGUGAAACACCUCCUUUACAACUGCCAUGCCCCUGUUUUCCAACUUGAAUGUGUUUGUGGUGAUUUGAAUAAAAAAAACUUUGAAUUUA